CCCGGAUUCUGAUUGAAGGUGGUUAACUGUUGGGGGCCGGGUUUCGUGAACUAUCCGUUGAUGAUUUUUAAUAUUUUAGUCGCUUCAAGGACGGAGCAGCCGUUAGAUGGUGUCGCUAAUCCAUUGCUCUGUCCUGUCUCUCCAACUCCUGCUGCACUUUGUCUGCCACAGCGUCAGAGCAGCAUCCGAGGGAUCCGAGUCAGGCCCACAAACACAACUUAAGUCAGCAGAUAUGUCCAUCAACUCCCUCCUGAGAUGGACCCUUAGGUCUCAGAGGAAGCAGCUAGUCACACGUUUCACCCACCACAGAACGUUGUCGGGGGCAGAGGCUGUCAACGCACUACGACCGUUUUACUUUGCUGUCCAUCCAGACUUCUUCGGUCAAUAUCCCAGAGAACGGGAAGUGAACGAGAAUUCAUUAAAGAGAUUAAACGGAUAUCUGGAAAACCUUCAGAAGUCAGACUCUAAAUCAGUCCGGCCCAUGACGCUAACUUUCUUUGUCAGAGAAACAAAGGACAACAGUGAUGUUCAACCAGACAUGCUCACCUCAGGUUUUCGAUCAGUGAGUUUCAUCUUGCAAACUCAGGAUGUCCUGAGCACUGUGAUAAACAUUCUGGCUUCCUGCAGCCUGCCUGUGGAGCACUUGAAGGGACUUAAAGGAAGUUCUCAGACAUCUCAUAGUGCACCUGAGGCUGGACUGUUUUUCUACAGACCUAUUAAAUGGGACAAAAGCUACUACAGCUUCACUGGCUUCAGAGACCCUGAGGAAGAGCUGCAUCAGGCCAGGACAGUAGAGCCCACACUCAGUCUCUGGCUGAAAAACAACGAGCCUGAAGCCACAAAGAAGCACAGCGCCAGCCUUCCAAGAAGAGAAGAACUGAACCGGUUGAAGAAGGAACUGUGUAAAACCUUUCAUUUGGCAGAUAUCCGGUGGCAGCGCAGCUGGAGCGUGACUCAUAAAUGCUGCCAGCUUCAGAGUCUCAGCCGAUUGUCCUACCAGAACCCAGAAGCCCUCAUCAACCUGCAAGGACACACUGUUGUGUUUGCUGACCAGUCGGGAAUGAACGCCUCUGGACACGUACUUCUGGGAAAUAUGGAUGUUCAUCACCAGUGGGCUAAACUGUUUGAGCAGCUGCCUGGCUACCACAGCCUCCAGCAGCAGACGAACUGGCUGAAGGAAAGAAUCAGUCACCUUCUGGGAGGAACUCAGGUGGUCCACAUGGAGAGGCUGGGACUGGUCCAGCCCAUCGCUGAGCACUACAGCACACUCAACACCUUUCACAAGAAUCUAAUGUCCCAACGGCUGUGCCUGCACCCUCGGAGCCUGUCUGGCCUCACUAUGGUGCUUGAGAAGGACUGCUCUACACCCAUUCUUCAUGAAACGGGACACUUCAUUAUCCCCACCAGCUGUGACCCCUCCAAGCUUCAGGUGUUCCUCCAGACUCACGCCUCUGAGGCCAGGCAGCGGAUCCAGCGAAGGAAUCAGCUGCAGGUGGAGGAGGACGCUGUAGUCCAGUCUUGUCUCCAGACCCUGUCUCCAAGGAGCUUGUCCAAAGAACCCAGUAUCAGCUCCAGUCAGAUGAUCCAGUGCUGUCAGAGGCUGCUGGCGCAGCACCCCCCCCUCCUGCAGGGCCUCCACAUCUGUGUUUCUCACUUUUACUCAGUCCUGCAGGAUGGGGACCUGUGCGUUCCUUGGAACUGGAAGAACUGAACCACAGGACCGGGUUGGCACAAAGAAGCACUUUAUCCCCCGACUUGUCACAAGAAAAACGUGGAGGAAGAGAACAGUUAAAUUACGUUUUGUUUUUUAAACUAGGUGAAAAGUUUUCAGAUUUUAUAAAUGAAAGUCCUGAAGCUGAAUGUUUGAAUCCUGAUUAUAGAUGCAGUUCAGCACUGUCAGAGUGUUUUAUUUUUAUGGAAAGGAGACUUUGAUUAAAGUUCAGAGAGUCUGUUUAUUGUGGCUGUUAGUCAAAUAUUUCUUCUAAAGGCCCAGUCAGACCUGAAUGUAAACAACUUCAUUAAAAUUAA